AUGAGUGACAAGUCUCAGGUUUCGGCGGAGGCUGCAGGCGGAGGAGUCAAGCCUCUGGUGGGCUUCUUGGGCCCCCAGGCCUCGUACACGCACCAGGUAGACAUCUUCGAGGUCGUACAAGCCGGCGAGGUCGCUUUUGGCGUCGUUCCCGUCGAGAACUCAACCAAUGGGUCCGUCCUGUUCACGCUGGACAACUUUGCCGACCGCAACGGCUUGUACCCAGACAUUUCGGUCUGCGGCGAGAUCUACCUCGACGUGCACCACUUUCUCGUCGGCCGCCGUCCGGACCCGGCUCACGACGCCGCUGCCGGUCCGGGACUACGAGGAGGAGACGAAGGCUCCGGCGCCUGCACGCCGACGGCGUCGGACCCGAACCCGCUGAAGCCGCGGACGAAGCCGCUGUGUAGCCUCAAGCACGUCCGGCGCCUGUACUCGCACCCGCAGGCGUGGGGCCAGUGCGUCGCCUUCUUGCAGACGUAUCUCAAGGGCAUCGAGGCCAUCGACGUUAGCUCGACGAGUCGCGCGGCGGAGCUGGUCAGCCUGGACGAGACGGGGACGAGCGCCGCCAUCUCGAGCGAGAUCGCGGCGGGUAUGCACGGCAUCGACGUGCUCGCGCGGACGAUCGAGGAUCGCGAGGACAACACGACGCGAUUCUUCAUCAUCCGAAAGGGGCUGGACGAGAAGCAAAAGAUGCCAGGCCACUGCGUGAAACCAAAGACGAAGACAAAGUCCAUGGUGUCGUUCACGGUCCCGCACGAGGCUCCCGGCGCGCUGGCGGACGUGUUGGAGUGUUUCCGGCGCUACGGGACGAAUCUCACGAGCAUCAACAGCCGGCCGAGCCUGACGGCGCCGUUCAACUACGUCUUCUUCGUCGAGUUUGAGGGGCACCGGUUCCGGGAUCCGGAGGGGAGGGUCAAGGGGGCGCUGGACGGGGUGGCUCGGGUGGCGGAGAGAUGGCGGUGGCUUGGGAGCUGGGAGGACCAGCGGUCGUGA